AUGUCGAGUUCAACUGGAAAUGAAACCACCGCUACCAGUCAAGGUAAGAGCAAAGCUAGUUCUCUUCGAAAUGCGGAUGCGGCAGAAGUAAACCCCCCCGUUAAUUCCGAUAGUAAUAAAGAUACCCGUAACAACCCGAGCGUUAAUAAAAAGAAAGGUUCGUCUGUCAAAGACUCUUCAAAGACUCCCCGUAAGAGCCAAACUUCCCUCGCGAAUAGCCAAACCUCCCUCGCGGUCGAAAACGUUGGUCAGAAUUGUCGGACGUGUAACUCAAUGGAUAAUAGCCGUAUGGUACAGUGUGAUAGCUGUGAUGAAUGGCAUCAUUACAGCUGUGUAGGUGUCGGUCAAGAUAUCGAAAAUGAGCCGUGGUGUUGCGUGAAAUGUGCGGAAAAGGCGAAGAAGAAGCGAAAGUCUAAGGUGACGAAGCUUGUGAAAGAGACGAAAGCAAAGGAAACGAGUAACGUACCAUCAUCAUCGAAGAAUCGUGAACCGGCAAAACAAAAAUCCGCAAAAUCCCAGAAGGCGGCUUCAGUGACUUCGGCAGCGUCGAAGAAAUCCUCCCGGGAGCACCUGAAACUCCAACUACAGAAACUCGCAGCAGAGCAGACACUGCUUGAAGAGAAGAAAAAACUGAUCGAGAAGCAGUUUAGUGUACGCCAGGAGCUAGCAGAUCUAGACGACGAAGAUGAGUCGGGAGAUGAUGUAGUGGACGGCAACUCCAAAGUAAAGGAGUGGUUGAGCGAUGAACGUGAACAGGGUGAGGAGAAUGCUGAAGGUGAAGUAAGCGAUGAGUACGUCGAUGAAGAUACUGACGAUGAUUCUACGGACGAUGAUGAGUGCGAUGCGUGUGAUUUCGUUCCCCAAAAUCGAUCCACGCCGAGGGCUAUAAACGCUAGUCAGCAAAGAGGAACGAGCAGCAAUCCGUUAAACGGUAGCCUGACGCGAAAUCAACUCGCUGCUCGCCAGGUCGUCGCAAAGGAUUUACCCAUGUUUACAGGUCAUCCUGAGGAGUGGCCAAUGUUUUUUUCCACCUUCGAAAGCACAACGCGUAUGUGCGGGUAUACGGACGACGAGAACAUGCUUCGUUUGAGAAACUGCCUGAAGGGAGACGCGCUUGCUACAGUGCGUAGUUUUCUGCUACAUCCGUCAACAGUGCGUAGGGCGAUAGAUGCACUUAAGUUGCGAUUUGGACAGCCGCAGUUCAUUAUACAGUCAUUGAAGGACAAAGUCUUAGCUAUGCCACCACUUAGAGCCGACUCGAUGAAUAAGUUGAUCGAUUUUGCGCUGGCAGUGCAGAAUCUUGCUGUUACGAUCGACGCAUGCGGGAGGAAGGAAUACCUGCGAGACGUUUCGUUACUGGGCGACAUAGUUGGGAAGCUUCCCGCUUCGAUGAAGCUAGAAUGGGCGAGACACACCAGGUGUUUGCGGAGGGUUAAUCUGGUGGCCUUCAGUGAGUGGAUCUAUGCCAUAGCGGAAGAUGCCUCCCUAGUUUCUGAGCCGCGUAGACAACAGGAGCCUGACCAGAACCAGGAGCCCCGCAAGAAGUCGAAGGCCUUUGUAAACACACACGCUGAGCAGUCUUCUAGCAAAGGGCAAGCAUCGAGCGUAUCUACGACGACUGGAGCCAGGAAAGCAAACCAAAACAGCUGCAUUGCUUGCAAAGGAGCUUGCGUGUCACUCGCGAAAUGUAAACGCUUCUUGGAACUCUCUUACGAUGGACGGUGGGCGACAAUACGCGAGGCAAGAGCGUGUCGCAAGUGCCUGAAACAGCACAAAGGUGGAUGCGAAUCGAGGGAUUGUAAGGUAAAUGGCUGCACCUUCAAGCACCAUCCCUUAUUGCAUAAGGAACUGAGCGUCAACCCAUUGCACGACGAACAAGCUUGCAAUGCACACUUGUCUGGGUCGAGUACAACCCUAUUCCGUUACGUGCCCAUUGUAGCGUAUGGGAACGGAGUAAUGAUGCACUGCUACGCCUUCCUGGAUGAUGGAUCCUCUCUGACGCUGAUGGACCAGGAACUGGCAGAUGAAUUAAACCUUACGGGAGAGCCCCGGCCACUGUGCCUCAAGUGGACUGGAGGCACGCACCGUUCAGAACCUGAAUCCCGUAGUGUUAAUAUAGACGUCUCUGGGCUAAAGGGAAAGCGGUUUCAUCUCGAGGAUGUCCGCACUGUUAAAGAACUGCAGUUACCGCCUCAAACACUAGACGUGAAACAGCUACAAGCUGAAAACCGCUACUUAGAAGGUGUUCCGGUUGAACCCUAUUGUAAUGUUCGACCACGUAUCCUAAUCGGAGUAAGGCACGCAAGCGCGACGCUCGUGAGGAAAAGCCGGGAAGGAAAACCGGGUCAACCAAUCGCAAUUAAAACCAACCUGGGUUGGACGAUCUACGGUGGCUUUCCGACGGACAAGCCAAUGAAUAUGGUACACUAUACGUGCCACGUUUGCAGCUGUGAGCACGGGGAGAAGGAAAAUGACGACGGAUUCGUAGAACGCGCUAUGAAAGAGUAUUUCUCUCUUGAGAAUUUGGGUGUAACGCCGCGUUCUAGGCAGCUCCGUUCUAAGGAUGAUGAGCGGGCCAUAGAGCUUCUACACGAGUUGACCGAUCAUGCAAAUGGGAGGUUUGAAACAGGUUUGCUGUGGCGUUAUAACGACGUGCGGAUGCCGGAUAGUAAGCCCAUGGCUUUAAAACGGUUUCAUAGCCUUGAACGGCGGAUGGAAAAAAGCCCGGAGCUCGCACGGAUGCUGAAGGAGAAGUUUGCGGAUUACGUAGCGAAGGACUACGCUCGCAAACUGACCGAAGAGGAGCUGAUGGAGGACCACGAACGUGUCUGGUAUUUACCAGUCUUCCCAGUUACCAACCCUAAUAAACCCGGAAAACUGAGACUCGUCUGGGACGCAGCCGCAAAAACGAAUGGAGUUUCGCUGAAUUCCUGUCUCCUCGCUGGGCCUGAUCUGCUCACGCCGCUGGUUACCGUCCUCUACAAGUUUCGCGAGUUCCGUUUCGCAAUAUGUGGUGACAUUCGCGAAAUGUUUCACCAAGUUGGCAUACGUAGCGAGGAUCAGCACAGUCAACGGUUCUUGUGGCGGGAUACCGAGAAGAGCGAACCCAAUGUUUACGUCAUGCAGGUGAUGACAUUUGGAGCAUGCUGUUCUCCAGCGAGCGCGCAGUUCAUAAAGAACAAAAACGCCGAAAGGUUCAGCAAACAGCACCCGGCAGCUACUAAGGCAAUUGUACAUUGUACUUACGUCGACGACAUGUUGUGCAGUACAGAAACAGAGCAGGAUGCGAUCGAGUUAGCAAAAGCAGUCUGGUACGUGCACAACCAAGGUGGGUUCGAAAUUCGAAAUUGGAUGUCCAACUCCGUCGCCGUUCUGUCGGCACUUUGCAGUAACUCGGGAGAGGAGAAAAGCCUUGAUCUAUCGUCUGAUCUAGCAACAGAGAAGGUACUGGGCAUGUGGUGGUGCACCAAAACAGAUUGCUUCACCUACAAGAUCAACUGGGAUAGACUGGGAAGAGACCUGCUGGAGGGUGCCCGCUGUCCUACGAAGCGAGAAGUGCUCCGCAUCAUGAUGACCAUCUACGAUCCACUAGGUUUGAUUGCCCACUAUCUCAUGUAUCUCAAAGUACUGAUGCAGGAGAUCUGGCGAACGGGUGCAGGUUGGGAUGACAACGUCGAUCAACAAUGCUACGAAAAGUGGCAAACGUGGCUGAAAUUCCUUCCAGAGAUCGAACACUUGAAGAUCCCACGCUGCUACAGACUUCAAACGAGGAUUACAUCUCAGAUGGAGGUACAGUUGCAUACCUUCGUGGAUGCAAGCGAAAAUGGUAUGGCGGCGGUAGUAUAUCUUCGGUUCGUAGAAAACGGUGCGGUCGAAUGUUCACUCGUGGCAGCGAAGAGCCGUGUAGCCCCCCUCAAAUAUUUAACCAUUCCUCGAUUGGAGCUUGAAGCAGCACGCAUUGGUGCUAGACUAUCCGUUUCUGUUCUUCAAGGAUUAUCCAUAGAGAUCUCAAAGCGUUUCUAUUGGUCAGACUCCAGAAAUGUACUCUCCUGGAUACGGGCUGAUCACCGCAAGUACAGCGCAUUCGUGGCAGCAAGGGUCAGCGAUAUUCUGGACCUGACAAACGUUAUCGAAUGGAGGUGGGUUCCAACGAGGUGGAAUGUCGCGGACGAGGGUACGAAAUGGCACUGUCGUCCAUCGCUAACGGGUAACAGCAGGUGGUUCAAGGGACCUGAAUUUCUUUGGCAAGGAGAAGAAGAGUGGCCGGUAAUACCAGGUAAAAUAGCAGAACCUACAGAGGAGCUGCGUGCACAUGUCAACGUGCACAUUGAAACGACAAGCGAGGCAAUACCUGCGACUAACUUCUGUACUUGGAGGAGAUUAGUUCGAGCGACCGUAUACGUAUUCCGGUUUAUUAAAAACGCACGCCCGAAGAAGUUCGCCAAGAUCAGUGGAUGCCUCACUAGUGACGAAAUCCGCCAGGCAGAAGAAUUUCAUCUUCGCAUCGCGCAGCAGGAUAAGUACUCAGAAGAAUUGUCAAUCUUACGCAGGAAGGACAACACGACAUUUCCUAAACGAAGUCCGCUUUACAAACUGAGUCCGUAUCUCGACGAACGUCAACUGCUUCGUAUGCACGGUAGAACGGGAAUGUGUAAAUUUUUAACUCCAGAUACUGCCAACCCAAUCAUCCUUCCACGUGACCACCCGAUUACGCUCCUCAUCGUAGAAAGCUAUCAUCAAAAGUUUCACCAUCAAAACCACGAGUCGGUGAUUAACGAGGUUCGUCAAAGGUACUGCAUCAGCCGACUGCGCAGAGUAUACACCAAGGUCAGAUCCGACUGUCAACGCUGUAAGUUGCGAGUAGCCCGUCCGCGACCCCCCGCGAUGGCAAAUCUCCCGGUAUGUAGGCUUGCAGCGUUCGUUCGUCCUUUCACGCACACCGGUAUUGAUUAUUUUGGUCCCAUGGAAGUGGCUAUAGGGAGACGGGUUGAGAAACGAUGGGGGGUUCUUCUGACUUGCCUUACGAUCCGUGCGGUUUACAUAGAUAUAGCUAGCUCACUGUCAACAAGCUCAUGCGUAAUGGCGAUACGCAACUUCAUGGUGCGACGAGGCACACCGGCUGUUUUCUACAGCGACAGAGGAACCAACUUCGUUGGCUCCGAGCGAGAAUUGAAGCAGGCAUUGCUGGCCCUAGAUCAGCACGAGAUGGCGCAGGAGCUCGUGUCUUCGACUACUACCUGGCGUUUCAAUCCACCGGCGUCUCCCCAUAUGGGAGGAAGUUGGGAACGGCUUAUUCAAUCUGUCAAACGUACCUUGUCAGAGUUUCGGUUGUCGCGUCGAACGACAGAGGAAGAGUUGAGGAACGCGUUGAUUGAGGUUGAAGGCAUUCUAAAUGCAAGACCGCUGACUCACGUGCCCAUAGAGGAUGAGGCAGCCCCCGUCCUAACGCCUAAUCACUGGUUGCUGGGAUCGUCUGACGGUUUCAAACCCUGGACCGAGUUGGACGAUAAUUCAACUUUCUUGAGUCGUGGCUGGCAUCUCUCUCAGCAAAUGGCCAACUACUUCUGGAAGAGGUGGGUGCGAGAGUAUCUGCCGGAAAUCACCCGGCGAUCCAAGUGGCAUGAGAAGGUUCCGCCAAUUAGGAGGAACGAUAUCGUGCUGAUAGUGGAUCCAGGUCUACCAAGGAACUGCUGGCCGAAAGGGCGCGUCAUUGGAACGAUAAACCGAGACGGACAAGUACGCACGGUUACAAUCCAAACUUCGAAAGGCGUGUACGAGAGACCAGCGGUUAAGGUUGCGGUGCUUGAUGUCAGAGGAAAGCAGGAGUUAGCAGACUCAGAGGCGGAGUCAGCAAACUGGGGGGGAGUGUCACCGGAGUGUCAACCCCUCGGAUCGAACACACCGAACGCAUUCCAGUAG